CAAGGAGAAGUGGGCCACCACGCUGCCCCGCGUCCCCGCCACCCAGCUGGCGCUGCAGCUCUUCGACAUGAACUACGGCAUGCAGUUCGGGCCCCUGUGGCCCUCGGCGCGCGUCAGCCUGCUCUCGGAGCCGAAAUACGGCGCCCUCGUCAACAACUUUUCCUGGGGCGGCGACGUCGUCCGCGACCUGCAGGGUCUGCGCGCCGCGGACUUCAUUUACGCAGCGCAAAACGGCCCCGCGGGGGCCGAGGGGCCGGCACCCCUGAGCCCCAACAUCCAGUGUUACACCUUCCCCAAAGGAGAUAUCUGCCGCUUUCCUCCCGCCAGACCGGACACUGUGGGGAUCCUUGGCUACUACCUGAUGGAUGCAGCAUCGCUCUUGCCUGUCCUGGCUCUCAAUGUGCAGCCUGGGCAGCUCGUCCUUGACCUGUGUGCAGCACCAGGUGGCAAGACCCUGGCUCUUUUACAAACCGGAUGCUGCCGGCACCUGACAGCCAAAGACAUCUCUGUUUCCCGAAUUAAACGGCUGCAUGGGAUUCUCCACAGUUACCUCCCCAAGGCAGCUAGGGACAACGUGUCAGUCAGCGUGGAGGAUGGAAGCAACUGGGAGCAAGUGGAGAGAGACGUGUUCGAUAGGUUCUCGGUCAUGCAGGUGCUUGUGGAUGUUCCCUGCACAACGGACAGGCACUCGGUCAUGGAGCAUGACAACAACCUGUUCACCCGGGUGAGGAAGAAGGAGCGUCAGCAGUUGCCGAUGCUGCAGAUGCAGUUGUUGGUCGCUGGAAUCCUUGCUGCCAAGCCAGGAGGGGAAGUCGUGUACUCCACGUGCACCCUCUCUCAGCUGCAGAACGAGUACAUCGUCGAGAGCGCCAUCAAAAUGGCAGAAACCCAGUUCAGCAUUGACGUCCACGUCGAAGACUUGAGCUGUUUCCGGAGACUCUUCCAGGACACGUUUUCUUUCUAUGCUGAAUGCAGGGUUGGGGAGCUUGUCCUUCCUCACCUCACGGCCAACUUUGGGCCCACGUACUUCUGCAAAUUACGCCGGGCCCAGCACUAAUGCAAUACCUAAAGUUUCCAAGGAAAGAGGAACUGCUGCGUAACCCCCUGAAGGAAGUCGGCCACUCGGCCCCAAUCACUGAGACUAAAUGAUGCAGAUGUAGUCUUUGAGAAAUGUAUUGUGCCUCUUUCUGGGCACUGGACUCUGGUAUCUCGCUACGGUUUGUAACUCCUUCUCUUUCCUCAACCUGCUGCUGGUUUAAAAAGCAGCUAUGACUGAAGAAAGAGAGUGGGACUUGUGUUUUUGACUAGGAAACCAGUAGUUUGGUCUCUCCAAAUGCUCUGAAUUCAUCGAUUUCAUAGACAUUAGGGCCGGAAGGGACCUCGCAAGAUCAUCGGGUCCAGCCGCCUACCCAUUCAGAUGCUUCAGAGGAUUUGCUGAGUGCUAACAAUGCUCAACUCUCAGCAGGCACGGCUUAGCCAGAAAUCCCCAAGGGUCUCACAGACCAGGGCUACAUCCUCAGCCCUGU